AUUCAUUUAUUGAUCAACGUUGGUGGAUCUCUUCUUUGAUUUUCUGAUUUAGGAUAUCUUGAUAUCAAUAGCAUAAGGUCAUGCUUAUGCUUUUAUGCGUGUAAUUGUCAUAAGCCAACCUUUAGUUUUAGAUUAUAUGUUUACCAUGGUGGUUUAUGGAAAGUCAGGAUGCAAUGGUUGCAUCUUCUGUAGAGCUUUGCUUUUAGAUUGGUGAUGGGUCAAAUCACCAAUUUUGGUUUUUCCUGAGAAUGGGAAAUGUCUUAAACGAACUUUCUUUUUUCUUGGUAGGGGCUUUAAUAUAGAGGUAAAAUGCUGCAGACAUGUUACUUACCUAAAUGGUUGGGUCCUUGUGAUGUUAACCUCAAUAUGUGAUCAUGGACUAAAGUCUAGAAUGGAAAGGAACUUAGAAAAUUACAUUUGAGCCUCUACAUUGUUUCUUCCGAUUGCCUUUACACCUACUGCAGAGUAGUAAAGCAAACUACAAUAGAAAAGAUGGAUUCCACUUAAUUUGAGAUUUGACCAUUAAGUUUCAGACUGGGGUUUUUUAAGUCUGUCUAUCCUCCCUGAACUCUUGAGCUUAAUCUGGGUUGCCCUUAGGUAACCAAAUGAGCCACAAGAUCUUAUACAAGUGACAAGAGUUGUUUAAAGGAGGAGGAGAACUGAAUGUUAAUCUGCAUCUUAGUGGGGAUAUUGGCACCAAGAGGGCAAAGGUUGAUCAAGAAUCAGAAUGCAAGGUAAAUGAGGCAUCAAAUUUUGUUGAGAGGAGUACCACUGAUAGAGAGAAACAUAUGGCUUCUUCAUCUCUGGAAACUGUAGCAAGUACGUCCUGUGUAACUUCUGUUGCUAGAACUGAAAAGCCAGAUGUUGAUCUGCUUCCUAAUGAAAUGCAUGAAAUGAGAAUUAGAGAUGAGAAAACAGCUGACCCAGAUGAGAAGGAUGUGGAGGCUCCUGUUAUUAAUGGAAAUGGAACAGAAGCAGGUCAGAUAAUUUCAGCUACUAUUGGUGGUCGGGAUGGGCAACCAAAACAGACAAUCUCUUACAUGGCAGAGCGUGUGAUUGGCACAGGUUCAUUUGGCGUUGUCUUUCAGGCCAAGUGCUUGGAAAGAGGUGAAUCUGUUGCUAUAAAGAAGGUUCUGCAGGAUAAAAGAUACAAAAAUAGGGAACUCCAGAUUAUGCGUAUACUUGACCAUCCUAAUGUGGUUCAACUGAAGCACUGUUUCUUUUCAAACACUGACAAAGAUGAGCUCUAUCUUAAUCUUGUUCUAGAGUAUGUACCAGACACUGUUUACCAAGUUUCAAAGCACUACACCAAAAUGAACUAUCAUGUGCCCAUUCUUCAUGUGCAGCUGUAUAUAUACCAGAUUUGUCGUGCUCUGAAUUAUUUACAUCAUGUGGUUGGUGUUUGUCAUCGUGAUAUUAAGCCUCAAAAUUUACUGGUCAAUCCCCACACUCACCAGUUGAAGAUAUGUGAUUUUGGUAGUGCAAAAAUGUUGGUACCAGGUGAACCUAACAUAUCAUAUAUAUGCUCAAGAUAUUAUAGGGCUCCAGAACUUAUAUUCGGGGCGACGGUGUAUAGCACUGCUAUUGAUAUGUGGUCUGUUGGUUGUGUCAUGGCUGAGCUUCUGCUUGGACAUCCGCUAUUUCCUGGUGAAAGUGGUGUCGAUCAACUGGUGGAAAUUAUUAAGAUACUGGGAACACCAACCAGAGAAGAAAUUAAAUGCAUGAAUCCAAAUUACACUGAAUUUAAGUUCCCUCAGAUCAAAGCUCAUCCAUGGCAUAAGAUAUUUCACAAGCAAUUGCCCCCCGCUGCGGUGGAUCUAGUGUCAAGGCUGCUUCAAUAUUCACCAAACAUACGUUGCACCUCUUUGGAGGCAUGUGCACACCCUUUCUUCGAUAAUUUAAGGGACCCUAAUGUAUGCUUGCCUAACGGGCAAGCCUUACCUCCGCUAUUCAAUUUCACAGCUAAAGAACUGGCUGGUGCAUCUGAUGAACUACGGCAACGUCUGAUCCCUGAACAUGCAAGGACAUAAAUGAUCGAAUGGGACGGCAUCUGUUCGUAUUGUAAAUUGGUUUUGGAUGAUGCUAGGUUGCCACCGCUGACAAGCUAGAUUGCCUAUCUCUUUCUAGUUCAGAGAUGACCAUCUUUGUUGGUUAAUAGUUCCAAGUGAUGACCCAAAAUGAUAUUAUCAGGUUGUAGGAGGCUAUCCCAUUGAAGGACCACCCCACCUACAAUGCAUAUUCAGAUGGUGCUUUGAGGUGGGCGAAUUAUAGGACUGGUAGUGUUGAGGUUUUGGGAUUUUCUUUUUCGUUUUACGAUCUGAUUUGCUAUCUGACUCGACUAAUGAAAAAGAUUACUAUUUAGAGUGGAGGUUUCCACUGAAUUUUCAACCAGAGAAA